GUUGUUAUUCGUUCUCGCCGUGUAGAAAAUGAAUUCGAUGGUUACCCAGCGUUCUGCUUUUAUGGAUGGACGAUGCCUUGACAAGUUUCAGGAAAAACCUAAAUUGUUGAUUGCUGGGAAAAGGCAUGUGAGGGUUUCAGUGGUAUCCUCAUCUCAUAAACCGGAUCAUUCUAUUAAAGUUGGCAUCCUUGGAGCGAGUGGAUUAACCGGUGGUCAGCUUAUUCCAUUCAUUGCAAAGCAUCCUUUUAUGGACAUAACUCUGAUGACUGCUGAAGACGAAGCUGGUCAAUCAAUUGAAUCCGUAUUUCCACACCUCGUCAUGCAUGAUAUGCCAGACUUGGUUGCUAUACAGGAUGCGGAUUUCUCUGGUGUUGAUGCUGUCUUCUCUUGUUUACCGCCUGGCGCAAGUCAGGAAAUUAUCAAAGGUCUUCCGAGUAGGUUAAAGAUUGUUGAUCUUUCUGCGGAUUUUACACUACGGGAUGUUAAUGACUACGUUGAAUGGUAUGGUCAGCCUCAGAAAGCACGAGAGUUGCAGAAAGAGGCUGUUUAUGGCCUAACAGAGAUACAUAGAAAAAAGAUCCAAAGUGCACGUCUUGUUGCAAAUCCCGGAUGUUAUCCUACUGCAAUCUUGCUUCCUCUUGUUCCCCUAAUCAGGGCUAAUCUUGUUACAUCUGAACAUAUUGUUAUUUUCUCGAAUUCUGGAGUUAGUGAAACAGUGCCUGAAAUUGAUCAAGAACUAUCCGACGCUGCAAAUUCAAAAGUAGCUGUUAGCUUUAUUUCUACCCAAAAGCUAAUUAGCCAGGGCUUGGUUUUGGUUAUACAUGUACAAAUGGCUCCUGGAGCUUCAGUUGAGGAUUUAAAGCAACACUUGAUAGAAUUUUAUGAGAAGGAAGAAUUUGUAGUGCCGCUCGCAGGUGAUCAAGCUCCAAACACCAAAGACGUGCAAGGCUCUAAUAGUUGUCAUAUAAACGUCUUCCCUGAUUGCGCUCCUGGGACAGCUAUUAUCGUAUCAGUUAUUGAUAAACUUGUAAAGGGAGCUUCUGGUCAAGCUUUACAAAAUCUCAACUUGAUGAUGGGAUUUUCUGAAAACGUUGGGCUUAGCCGCGUGCCUUUACCGCUUUAGAUUGCUUUAUAUGCCUUUAUUUUCUUGGUUUUGGUAUGGUAGUAUUUAUGGAAUGAUGUCUAUAUUUGUGUGUUUUUAUGUUUAGAUGUUCUAAAUUAUAAGAUUUGUUUCCAUAAACAA